AGCAUUACUCACUCCAACACCGAUACAGAGACACUUUGUUUGCUCCAAUAUUGAUAGUUCGAGCAUGCGGCAAGUAUUAUUACCUACGGAGUAUAUAGUGAGCAGCGUACCAUGUCGACCGCCAGCUUCUUCUUCCCCCUUUUCCCACGACCUGUUGCAAUGGCUGUAGGGCCAGAUCCCGGAGCACCGGCAAGAAUCGCGAGGAACACUGGGCAAAGGCUUGUUGCCCAAUCACCGCCCUGGCCAAGAGCAUUCCAUCUCCAUGGGAUCCUUGACUCAGUGCCUAACAGACAGAAAGCGACCCCACAUCAUACUCAUGACAUCCCAGCUGCCAAGCCUUGACACUUCUCGAUUACAUGGUCUGUGGUUGUUUGCUCCGCCGCUAUGCUGGACGCAUGGUCAUGACUAGUGAGGCGGAUGGCAGGUUUUCGGUGCCAUUGACAAGGCGAUAACGUCUAACGUCGGGCGGCGGCGUAUUAAAAGGGGAAGGGGGGG